AAUUUAAUUAAUCUCUUUAUCUUGACCUAUUACAUUCUUCUCUCAAUAUCCCGUAACUAUGGAAUCAGAACCACCAUUUCAAGAAAUCUACAAGACCCUUUUCGUAAACUUCUCGGAAGAAGGUACUAACUCAGAGAGUGUGCAUGAGAAAAAACCUAUGAUCCUCGACGAAUAUGAGAUCCCACUUGUUGAUCUUAGUCGUUUAAGUCUCUGCAACUUGGAACAGAAAGAGGGCAAGAGAGAGCUUGCUAGUGCUGCAAACCAGUGGGGGCUUUUCCAGGUUGUGAAUCAUGGUGUUUCUUGCGAUGUCUUGACAAGGUUGCAGCGCGAGCAAGUGAAGCUUUUCCGGCAACCAUUUCAGAAUAAAGCUUUGAACUCAUUGGCAGACUAUUACAGUUGGGGGGCUCCUAAUGCUGCUACUUUUAUGCAGUUCUCUUGGUCUGAAGCUUUUCAUAUUCCUCUCAACAACAUGCCGGUUUUGAAAGAAUUCAAUAGUAAUCUAAGCACAACAAUUGCUGAAUUUUCUGAAGUGGUUUGUGAGCUGGCUCAAAGAAUAGCUGAAAUAUUAGCAGAGAAUGUUGGGUGUAGAUCCACUUUCUUUGCAAAAAAUUGCCAACCUAGCUCAUGUUAUGUGAGAAUGAACAGGUACCCACCAUGCCCAGUGUCAUCAUCGAAAGUGUAUGGGAUGGUUCCACAUACUGACAGUGACUUCCUCACAAUAUUGUGCCAAGACCAUGUUGGAGGUUUGCAAGUGGCCAAAGAUGGAAAAUGGGUUAGUGUUAAACCCAAUCCAGAGGCUUUAAUUAUCAUCAUUGGUGAUUUAUUCCAGGCAUGGAGCAAUGGUGUGUACAAGAGCAUAGAGCACAGGGUUGUGACCAAUCAUGAAGUAGAAAGGUUUUCUGUUGGAUAUUUUUUCUGUCCUACCAUUGAGACUGUCAUACAAACUUGCAAGGAGCCUCCAUUGUACAGGAAAUUUAGCUUCAGAGAGUACAGAGGACAAGUUCAAGAGGAUGUCAAGACUGCCGGCACCAAAAUAGGGCUUUCGAAGUUUCUCAUGUGAAGACCAUGGCUUUAAACAAUAUACGUGUUGGAAUUAGCGAUAGUUAUAUAUCGUAUCGGUGAAUAGUACACUGUGUUUGGUUUGAGUUUUUUGAAUUAAGUUUUUUGAAAAUUGAA